AUGGCGAAGAGAUCUAUUGGAAGUUUAAUGCGGAAGAAGCUUUCUGAUAUCACCAAUUCUCACUCUCAUUCUCAUUAUCAAUCUCAAUCUCAAGAAGAUAACAACCCACUUGACCCUUUUCCCACCGAUAAGGAUUGCAUUCAACAACUCCUAAAGAUUAAAAAUUUGAACAGUAAAAUGAUUGAAAAGAGUGGAGCUGAGGUGCACAGGAUGCGUGCAGAUAUCAAGAAGCUGCAACUACAAAACUGGAAUCUUGCUCAGUCAAACAGCCACAUGUUAGCGGAGCUUAACUUGGGGAGGGAAAGGAUAAAAGCAUUGCAACAUGAAAUUUUAUGGAGGGCUGCUUUACUUAAAGGAAAUACCAGGGAAGUGCAGGAAAAAGUGGAGAUUGACUAUGAAAAGAAUGCAUCAUUUUCACGGUCACAGGAAAGAGAUGAAAAAGUAGGACAGCCUUCCCCUGAAGCUAGCAAUGAUGAACAACACAGCUAUAUGAAUAGAAGACGCAUAAGGAGUAGAUCUACUGGUUCUUCUACUGCUUCCACAAAGAAUGCAAGCAAAGACAACGUUAAGGACAACAGGAGACGUUCGAGGAGACAUUCUGCCACGUUCAAAACCCAUCAACUUGAACCUCUAGAAAAUUUGUUCGAGAUAGAGGAUGCUAAUUAUCUUGUUACUCAGUCUCGACCUAACAUGCUGAGUUCUGUAGCUGUAAAAGAUGAAACAGGAGAAAGCUCUAUUUUAUUAAGAAAGGAAGCUCCGAGAUCUUCUUUUGGAAGACCCUUGCGAAGAGCAGUUCAGAAGGUUCAAACUUACAAGGAGAUUCCUUUAAAUAUUAAGCUGCGAAGACUAGAAUAA